AUGGCAGCUGUUUUUUCGGAGCCGCGGAAUGAAGACGACCGAGCGAAUGAAGUGCGUCUCCCGCCGGUGACCACGACGUCGAGCAACAACGACUCCUCUCGAUGGACAACUCUGACCGGCCAGCCAGCAGACGCCCAGCUCACCUCCAAAAACCUGCCGACCACGAAGAAACAUAAGGGAGACCAGGACAUGACGACGGAAGAACAGGAAGAAGAGGCUGUGGAGAGACCUAGCCUCAUCGUCGAAAAGUCACGACGCGAGCACUCUCUCCUUAAUCCAGCAACGACCCAUCUGGAGAGGAUACGCAUGAUGCAUACGGAGGCGACCCCCCACCGUCUCCCCGCCGAGCUUCUGCACUCCAUAUUCAAGUACCUCCCUGCCCCUUCCAUCAGACACGUCCGGAGCAUGAGCAAGCGCUUUGCAGACAUUGACGCGGAAUACCUCUUCCCUGAUAUCGUGGUUCGCUUCUCGGAGGAGAGCUUCGGGCGCGUGAAGACGAUAGCAGCGAGUGAGCGCUUUGUGAAGGCAGUGCGAUACAUCUGCAUCCAAAAGCCGUUCGACAUGUUAGACGAAUGGCUCAAGGUCAAUAUGGGUUAUCACUGUCUCGGGGAACUCCAGCGCUUGAUCCCCUUCAGCUCGGAUUAUCCAGACAUUGCUGCGAUCAAUUGCUCGGACAAGCACAAUUGUACAAGCUUACAGGAUUACGGGGACAUGAAUCUUUUUGUGCGCAUCUACUGGGAAGAUCUGAACUACUUUAUGCGUAUAAGCUUGAAGUCUAACAUCAAGGAGUUAUUGGAGUCGAAGAGGGAGCAAUAUCGGGCGAAAUUGGAGUGA